UUCUCUCUCUCUCUCUCUCUCUCUCUCCCUAUCACUAUUUUCCACCUUCUCCCAUUUACCCUCUCUUAUCUGUAUCAUUAUAAAUCAUCUCUCACAUUUUUCUUUCUCCUUCUCGAUCUAAUUUGUUGUUCUCCCUCUUACUUGAUAUUAAUAUCGUCUCUCUCUCUCUCUCUCUCUCUCUUUUUUUCUCUCUUUGUCAUUAGUAAAGGGAGAGUGGAGAGGAGAGGAGAGGAGAGGAGAGUAGAGGAGAGGAAGAACGUAUCUCUAAAUCCACCCCCGUCGUUCAUUUAGGUGCGCGCGUUUCCGAGCGCGACGAAUCAGCCGCGGGGCAGGCAACCACACGACGGAGCUGCUCGUUUGCUCGUUCGUUCGUUCGUUCGUUCGUUCGUUUGCUCGUACGUUCGUUCGUUCGUACGUACGGUACGUACGGUACGUCCGUCCGUCCGUCCGUUCGUUCGCGAUCGUGAUCGUGGUGUCGUGGUUGUGAUCGUGGUCGUGGUCGUGUCGCGUUAUAGCCGAUAAACAACAAAACGUUGGUGGUGCUUACUGCUACUACUACUAUUACUACUACUACUACUACUACUACUACCACUACUACUACUACUAAACUGUUCUCUGGCCGCGUUCAAGAAGUUGAGAUAGGAGACGACGACGGAUCUCCGGAGUUUCAGUUAUAAGGAGUGAAAGAUACAGAAGGGACAACACAUAGUCUUCGAUCUGUCUGUCUGUCUCUCUCUCUCUCUCUGUCUCGUGUGACACUUCGUAAUAAAACCCGUCUCGUCGACGUUAUUAUUCGAUUGACCACGCAAACGUCGUAUCAUAUUUUUCUUCCGAAAUUAUAUAUAUAUUUAUUUCACGGAAGGAAUUAAAUAAAGAUUUACAAAUUUUGUUCUAUCGGACGACGAGGACAAGGACAAGGACGAGGAUUUAUUUGAGACACCUUUUUCUUCUUCUUUUUCCACCACCACCACCCCUACUACCAUCGAACGUUCAUCGUAUUUCGGGGGAGAAUAUUUUCAUAAGAAUAAUUGAUAACGAAAGGAAAAAGAAAAAAAAAAAAAAGGAAAAAGAAGCAAAGAAAAUAAAUUCGCAAAUUUUUUUUUUCCGGACAAACGUCUUCUUUUCUCUUUUCUUUCCGUUCCAGCCCCUCACCCACCCCCUCCAUCGGUGUCGGUCUCUCUCUCUCUUUCUCGACUCGAUCGAAACAAACAAAAAUUUUAUAACACGACUAAAGACCGAGAAUAAUACUCUCGAGUUCUCUUCUUCGAAGAAGUUACGUGGGAUCGAUCGUACGGCCAUUUUGCACGGCAACCGACAUCUUCAUCGCCGCCAUCAUCAACGUUCAGGAGGAAGAACACCUCUUUCAACGGAAGAGAGAGAAAGAGAGAGAGAGAAAAAGGAAGGGAAGGAGGAAGAAGGAAAAGAUCUCAUCAAUAAAUCUAAACGAUAUCUUGAUUGUUAAUAUUAUCUACGAACGAUCGUGUCAAGUGUUGUCGGAAUAUACUUAAGUUGGAUUACUGAGAUCGUGUUAAAGGGAAGAAAAAAGAAAAAAGAAAAAAAGAACGAAAAGAAAUAACAGAGGGAAGAAAUAAAAAGUGUGAUUUGGUAUCGUCGUAGAGACGACGAACUCUUCUUGUAGUUAGUUUUAUCGAUCGUUUGACUCUACGGCCAUAUUACUUUCUCUCUCUCUCUCUCUCUCUCUCUCUCUCUCUCUCUCUCUCUCUCUCUCUCUCUCUUUCUGUAUAUACAUAUACACAUAUAUAUGCGAAAAGGAUACGUGUAGCAUCGUGGGUGAAUAAUCGUAGAUACUCCGAAGUUAUACAAAUUAAAGAACAAGUAUUGACAAAAAAUUAGAGGAAGAGGGGACUAGGUAGGAUCCAAGGAUUCGUUUAGGAUAUUUGUGUAGAAGGAUCGACAAGGAAAAAGGAAAGGAAAAGUAAGAGGAAGAGUAAGAAGAAGAAAAGGAGGAAGUGGUGGUGGUGGAGGAGAAGGAGGAAGUGGUGGUCGUGUCCUUCCGGUAGAAGGAAGAAGUCAGCAGGCUGGGAGGACGGCUGAGCGAGGCGGUGGGUCCCGUCGUGGAGGAGGCCAUCGAGCCAGGGGAUGCAACCCCGCUGACGGGACCCUCGAGGGAGUCCUGGAUUCCUCGAGCACCCCCGCCCCCUCCGCCACGCGUUACAACACAAAGUCCACCGAAACCUCCGCCCACUACCACUACUAUUACUACUACUAUUAAUACUAAUACUAAUAUUAAUACCGAGUCCGAAGAAUCUCGAAUUGACUCGGUGGCCCAAAAUUCAGACACCCAACGUAAUCCGAACCCUGCUGGACAAAAACAGCAUAAUCCACACAACAAUCCGGGUGAUCACUCGGGCAAUCCAGGUGAUUCCAGUGAGGAAACGAGCAAUCCCGGUAGUAACACUCAUCAAACUACCCAGACCACUCAAACUCACCCCCAACAGACUCAAACACAACAACAACAACAACAACAACAGCAGCAACAGCAACAGCAAGAACAACGAUCAACCAUGGGUACUGUUUUGUCAUUCAGUCCUAGGGAUCGACGUGGCUCCGCUUAUCCACCAACGGGUCAUCAACAUCCUAGCGAUUUUACGCUCAACAAUUUCAAUUACGAGCAAUUGAACAAUGCGAAAAAUCGGGAGAACAAGAGUGCCGUUGCCACGGUAGCACCGGCACCACCUACGAGUCAUCCCCCAUCGAACAAUAAUUCAUUGCAGAACAAUAAUAUUAAUCUUAACAAUAACGACAAUGCGAGAAUAAUCUCGGAAAAGAAUGCAUUGGAAAAAAAUUUGAAGAAACAUUCGUUGUUCAUCAAUGCAUUAUCGUGGAAACGAUUCAGUACAGCAAACAAUAAUAAGAAAAAACUCGAUAACAAAAACAAAAAUAUCGCUUUUAGACAACCGCUCGAUAACAUUCCCAUUGUCGAUAAGAAUAAAAAUAUACAAACACCUCAAACAAAAGCGCCAGCGUCUAACAACAAUCAUACAACGCACAAUCCAACGUGCGAAAAAUUGGUACAGAAACCAUUGCCUCCUGGACCAAGAAAAACCGUCAUCCAAGCGUCGACGUCAGAAUUGCUAAAGUGCCUCGGCAUUUUCCUACGCAGGAAAUGCACGCGAUUAAGGGACUUCCAAGCUGGCGAUGCAGUAAUGUGGCUUAGAACAGUCGAUAGGAGUCUCCUACUUCAGGGUUGGCAGGAUGUCACAUUCAUCAACCCAGCCAACGUAGUAUUCGUGUAUAUGCUUGUAAAAGAACUAGUCGAUGGUGAGGAAGCUUCCGAGAGAGAACUUCAAGCAACCGUGCUAACAUGCCUCUAUUUGAGCUACAGUUACAUGGGCAAUGAGAUUAGUUAUCCUUUGAAGCCAUUCCUCGUCGAGGAUAGCAAGGAUAAAUUUUGGGAUAGGUGUCUAUUGAUCGUCAAUCGAUUGAGCUCCGAAAUGUUACGAAUCAACAGCGAGCCUAAUUUCUUUACCGAAAUUUUCGCUGAACUGAAGGCUUGCGGAACGGACGAGCGUGGUAGCCUAUCUGGAAGUGGCCUCGAACGGAGUCUCGUCGUCUCCGGAGUCGCGGUACCCACCAAGGCGGCUUGACGGAGCUACACACAUCU